CGGGCGAGCAACAUGGAGAACGCGUUAGAACGUCGGAUUGUCGUGUUGUAAACCGCGAGAAAGAAAUCUAUAGUCGCCGCGCCGCCGUUGCCGCGCCGUUUAAAUGACACGGCACGAUGACGCGGUCGAAGAUCCAGAAGCUCAAGUUCUUCAUAUUUCUGUUGAUCUUCCUGUUGGCGCAGACGGCAGUCUGCGAUGGGAUUUUCCGGGAGAAGAGGAACGCGUCGUCGACGAAUGUAGACGGGAAGGCAAUUCCUAUCGAUAAUGUGGAAACGAAUGAGAAGCUUGGUGAUAAGGAAAGUCAAAGGAAUGCGGUCGAGUCGCCCGUUGAUGCGAAAAAACCGGCGGCUGACAAGACGCACGACAUAACCUCGAAGCCGUCAGACGUCACCGUCGUGAAUAAAACUGCACACGUAGAUACGUCCAGUGAGUCCAGCGAAGGAAAAACAUCCUUCAAUACUGGUGCUCUUAUACGUGGUUUCUUAGUCUUCGUGGGACUAAGCAUCCUUGUCAUGGCCUACAUCAUGUUCCGUAGUUUAAGAUUAAGUAAGACACGCGCUCAGUUGGUUCGAAAAUACGGUGUCCUCACGCACAGGCAAGACGUCGAGAUGCGACCGCUGCCACUGGAUGAGGAAGACGAUGAAGACACAACUGUUUUUGAUGCGAGUAACGUUGUGACAAUCAAUACUCAACAUCAAAACACAUAGACGUGUCUCUUAGUGAAAAACACUGUUGCGCUAUUAUAUAUGUCAUCCGUGUAAUAUUCUCGACAUCAUGUGAUUUUUCAUAACUUUACCCGCGAUUUCGUGAUGAUACACGAAGACUAUCAAUUGCGAGACAGAUUAAGACAUUUUUCAACGUCUUAAAAGUUAUUUGCUUUGCGCAGCAAGAUUAUCCAUCAAAUAUGCAUCUGUGAUGCACUUAUAAUUAACGUACUAUGCUUGUCAGCAAUAGAUGUACUUUUCAUAAAAAACAAACAAAAAAGAAAAAAUACAAAAAUUUCUACCAAUAUUCUCCACUCUGUUAAUAUUACUAUGUGAUAACACAAAAGUUUAGAUAUGUAUCGUCUAAGAAGAAAAGUUAAGGGGUGGCUAUAUCUCUUUACUCUUAUACAGAUUAUAUUUUAAUUAAUCUACGUUGUUGUAAUUAAAAUUAUAUAAAAAGA